GUUGAAACUCUGUCAAGUCUUGAAUCACACCCAUUGUUAUCGUGAUAUUGUGGUUUAACAAGUGAAUGAACUGAAGGUUUUCUCUCUUGUUUUACUCGAGCUGUCUCAGGUGUCAGGUGAGGCUCUGAUCUUCCUUCAAGAGCGCCACACUGUCAAGAUGCUUUAUAGAUCACGUGGAAACAGAGCCCUCAUUGCCCUGCUGUGCAUCGCUGCCUUUGUCGUGGUUUAUAUAUCUUCUUCUUCAUGGAGUUCAUCUGUGUAUUUCCUCGGACGUCAGAGCUCAAGUCUUUGUGCCUGUGACAAGUGUUUAAGAGAGGCUGAUCUAUGCAUUGGGGAGCGUAUCAAUGAGUCUCCGAAGCCUUUUUUGUCAAGAAAAUAUGGAAUUUCAGAGGAAGAUUACGAUUGGUGGAAGAACAUAUAUCGGGAAGGUCACAACAUCAGUGUCUACAAUACAACAGUGGACAAACUGUUCCAGAUGUUCCCACACAUUGCAGAUGUUGGAGAAUCCAACAAUAAACGCUGCACGACUUGUGCUGUGGUGGGGAAUUCUGGUAAUUUGAAGCGAUCACACUAUGGACCUCUCAUAGACUUUCAUGAUAUCGUAAUAAGAAUAAACCGUGGCCGUACCAAAGGCUAUGAAGCAGAUGUUGGGACCAAAACGACUCAUCAAGUAAUGUAUCCGGAGAGUGCUAUUCGUUUGGACAACACCACUAGUCUUGUGCUGUUUCCAUACAAAAUAAAAGAUUUCCUGUGGCUCAUUGACAACUUCAAACAAGGGUGGGACAGUGCCGUGAACUCAAAGAGGAGAGCAAACAAGGAUUUGGUGAUGAUCCUCAAUCCAGCUCUCAUGAAAUAUGUCCAUGAAAUUUGGCUGGGAAGAAAGGGCAAUUAUCCAUCUACUGGCUUUUUGACUUUGGCUCUCAGCAUGCAAAUAUGUGAUGAGGUCAGUGUUUUUGGGUUCGGAGCAGACAGAGAUGGAAACUGGAACCAUUACUUCGAAGUUCUCAGAGACAAAAAGCUGAAAACUGGAGCUCAUGCUGGAACGCAUGAAUAUGAAGUUAUUCAGCAACUACACAAGAAGAAGACAAUCACUUUUUAUAAAGGCUUUUAA